AUGAAUCCACAUUCACAACCUUCUCGAUUACCAUCAUCUGUACAAGAAUCUUUUUAUUCACAUCCACAUGCAUCUCGAUCACCGUCACCACCACCACCUCAUCGAGCUGGACCAUUUGUACCAAUCGAUGAGGAAGAAGGUGAUAUAAUCAUUCGUCGUGGCUUUUAUUACGCAGAAUAUUUUGAACGUCCUGAGCUGUACGUACUACUAAAUGAGCACACCGGCCUUAUAAAAUCAUCUAAUUCACAUCCACAAACACAUCGAGAACCAGAACCACAUCGAUCACCAUCACCGCUACGCCCUCCGCUAGCUGGACCAUUUGUACCAAUAGAUCUGGAAGAAGGUGAUAUCGUCAUGGAUCGUGGCUUUCAUUACGCAGUAUAUGUGGGAGCUCCUGAUCGUUACGUACAACUAAAUGCGCACACCGGCCUUUUACAAUCAUUGAAUCUACACCCACAACCACAUCCAGUACCAGAACCACCUCGAUCACCAUCACCGCCACGCCUUCCACUAGCUGGACCAUUUGUACCAAUAGAUCUGGAAGAAGGUGAUAUAGUCAUGGAUCGUGGCUCUUAUUACGCGGAAUAUGUGGGACCUCCUGAUCGUUACGUAUUAUUAAAUGCGCACAGCGGCCUUUUACAAACUGACAGAAACGAUGGAUAUAUUGAAGUAAAUGAGAACUCUUUUAAACCUGGUAAUGACCUGUUUCGAGAUUUUAUUAAGAUUGGCAUAUAUGAGAGACACAAUGGGCAACAGGGGUUCCGCCUGCUACCUGCAAAUCAACGCGAGCAUGAAGUCGAUUACAUUUCUAGAAUGCGUGGCUAAGGUUCUAACCCAUUAGGUUGCUUUGGUCCAGAAAUAGCUCAAU